AUGAACAACUACUCUAAUCGCCAGUGUCUCAAUGUCAGUGGAGCAUCAAUGAUUGCACAAGGUCGUCUCCAACAAAACACCAACAGGAACAACGCCACCAGUUCGUUCCACGACCUCGCUAUUCUCCUAGUUGGCAGGCAACCUUCGGACAUCAGGUACACCCACCUAAUGGGGUGGAUCCAAGAACUCCACCAUAGCAUAACCGCUAUAUCAGUCAAUAGAGACCAGCUCCAAGAGCUGAUAAUUCCAAGGUUGCUCUCCUGGUCGAAAGACCAGGACCACUUUCGCGCCACGCUACAAUUGUUCAACAUCAGCGAAGAUAUCAUAAAAGAGAUCCUUUUACAUAGUUCAGCUGUAACCGCACAUGCAACGCGCAUGAUCAGAGUUCUCGAGACCCACCAAAUGGUACAUUUUAUGAACAAGAGAAAAGUACUGGUCACCACCGAGGACGAACAAUAUAGGUUAGACUCCGCUGUCUCAUUACCGCCAACAUGGUCAGACGACCCCACCUCCUAUCUACAAACAUUGCGCUGGUGGCGUGAUAAUUUUUCAAGCGCUCUCAUGACAAAAACAACAGAAGAAUACCUUCGUGUAAGCGCCGUAAACAGGCACUUACAGGAAGAAACACAAAGGCCCGCACGCCAUAGCAACCAACGUACCACAAUAACGAUACCGCGUCUUCCACGAUACAGAUCUGGGCCACGCACCUACACCCCCUGGAGCCGGGAAAAGAAGGUACGACGACGGCAACGAUUCUACUACAACUCUUCUUCCUCCCUUGAAGGCCCGCCUUCACGUCCGGAAGACGCGGAUACGCUUGUCGCUGCUGAACGACGAGCAGCGCCUCGAUCGCGUUUUCCCACUAGGACUCCGAAACGCCCCACGGGAACGUGGGUGGAGUUCUGUGCUUUUUGCGACGGACGCGAUCACUACACUUCCGAUUGCCCGUCAUUUCCUUAUCUCAGCAGUAGGGCGUGUAAGGCCGAAAAGGCAGGCAUUUGUAGUAACUGCGUGAAAAGCCAUUACGGCGUUUGCAUUCGCAGAGACCCGUGUACAAUCUGCAAGGAAGAAGGUCAUCAUCGCGCGUUCUGUGUUCAAAAUCCGUGGGUCGCUUUAGAUAUAACCAUGUCCGCCUGA